CGCCACCCCUGGAUCUGCCAGUGUGUCUACAUCAUAGUAUGUGUUUACCUAUGUAAUCAGAGUGUGUCUUUUCAAAGUUUCAAACAAACGUCUGCCAGGUUGUUUGUGAAAAAAAACAACAACAACUGAACAAUGGCUAUUUCCUAGAAGAGAGAGGAGCGCCAGAGAGCAUGUUCAUGCUAUUAAUAGCUCUUAUUACUUUGGUAUAUCCCUCCAGUACAUGAACAAGUCGUGUCUAUGUUAAUCUUAAGAAUCUUGUUCUAACGUUUAGCGUGCUUGCUUUUAAAAAACCCUCUAUAACUUCUGUUUCGUGUAUAGACCAGUGUAUAUUUUGUUAAGUGGAGUUAGUGGACUAGAUAGUGAUACAGGAAGUUGAGUAAUUUUUGAUUUAAAAGAUUGAGUCAGCCAGUAAGCCUAUAAUCAUUUAUAGACAAUCUUCAACUUAUGAUGUCCUUCAGAAUCAAGACUGAGUAAAUAAAACACAAACAACACUUAUAUAUCUAUAUUCAGUGAGGUUUGGACUUUGAAGCAGCGCUACAAGGAGUCAAAUGCAAACUUCCUUUUAUUUUAUCAAAGUUGACUAAGUGUUCUAAAUAUAGGCGAUGCCAGCAAAUGACAGGGCUACAACUUAGGCCUACUUGAGAUAAUCUAUUGACGGUACCGAGAGAAGAGAACCGAUGGAGAUAAGAACAGAGGAGCACCGGGUUCAGACCACCAGGAGAUGGUAUCAAGAGAUCCGGAUACAUCGUGAAUAUCUCACGACCAUACCUGGCAUUUUGAAGAUGACUGAAAUGGGUCUGUGCAUUCUUAUCAUCAUCUGCGUUUCCUCUGCUUACUGGUCUGCCGAUGGGUGGGUACACUUUGCUGCGGUGAGCUGCCUGACCCUUGUUAUCAUCAAUUUCAUUUGCCACUUGACAGAUAUCUACCAUUUCUUUAUAUUUUGGCAUUUUCUAGAGUUUAUUGAAUAUUGUAUUUCUGAUGGGUUGCUGCUUAUGUCAGCUAUUGUGUCGGCGGUAGGGGCACCUAUACAUCCAGGUAUUGCAGCAGCUGCAGUUUUCAACUUCCUUGCACUGGCUGUGUUUGGGGUGGAUACGUACUACAUGUUCAAAGCCUGGCAGGAGCACAAACGUCAGCUGGUGGGCGCAGCUGUGGUCACUGAGGUCACUACUACAACUACAACACCUACUAAAUAGAAUGUCAAGAACCAUCCACAAGAUUCUCAACACUGGGAGAGUAUAAGUACAUGACAAUAGAGUCAAGUAUCAGAUGGAAGUAUUAUUAAUAGUUGUGAGAAGUAAGAUUAUAGUCAGCGCCAAAAAUAGGAGCAACUACAAGGGACAAGCGUUAAUGUGGGCUGCACAAAAUAAAUAUCUAAACUAUCUGA